AUGGUACCACGGCACAAGCGUCGACUCCAGUCAGAACCCUCCAAUACGCUAACCACGGACUCCGAUUUCGACGUCCCCGUCGCGACGUCAGACACCCCACCUAUCCUAUCCUCCCAAUCGCGCUCCUCGCCGCGUCGCAGCUCACGCCUUAGCGCCAAGAAGGCCCAAGCUGCACCCCGAGGGCGUACCCGCGCAGCAACAACCACUCCCGCCCAAGUCUUCCGCCACAACACAAGGAAGGGCAAGGACAAGGGCAAGGCCUUCGACACGCUUCGGGAUGCAGUCUCAGAAGGCAUCUUUUCUUCCGCCAAAAGCGGCUCGGCAUGGCCUGGAAGUCCGCACGAAUCAGAGGACCUCCCUCAGCUUCCAGGGCCGGAAGUAGAACCUCUCCCCCGCGCGUCCCUCAGCCCUCCCCCAGAAGUAGCUGUCCACGCCGGCCCAUGGUUUCGCGACGACAACGGGCUCCGAUACGCCUACCCCCCGGAGCGUCCUGCCGACCCUAAGUGGUACGACAGGAUGCAAGGUAACGUCGAGUCUAGCUAUCAGGACUUCGAGAAGCUCUUGGUGGACAUGCGCCGUGAGGUGAAUGCUCGCCUAUCGCACGUGACGCUUGCGGAAUUCGAGGUCGACGAGCAGUUGGAGCUAUAUCAGGAGCUGCUGCAGGAUAUCCAGAAGAUCGCGGGGACGGAGUUCGUUGAAGGGCUGGCUGCGAAAAUAGGGUGCUGGCAGGUAGAGGAAGGCGAAGUGGGAAUCGAGGUGAACUAUCGUCCACAGGACGGUGAUACAGUGUCCCGGCCCCCUCCUAGCAAUCUCGCUGCAUUCAAUGCACCUAAUGAUGACGGCUUGGACCCUUCAGACACCCCGUACGGCACCCGAAGCAGCCCAGCGCCGGAGUCCCCGUCCCUCGCUCCUUCCGUGCGAGCUCAGAAACGUCGACGGGAACAGCCUCCCCCGCCUCCACCCCCCAAGCGGCCGCGCGUGUUCUCGCCUCCGCACCCUUCCGCGCGAGUCCCGACGCGUGUACGCGAUUCCAGCCUACCGCCUUCAUCGCCCAUCUAUUCCGUAUUCUCUCCGCAGAGCCAGCCACAUCGCGUCCUCAGCGACCCAGCCCCUAGCCUACCUACCGACCCUGUCUCUGUGCACGAUACAGAACCCAACACGUCCUUCUUGGGCCCCAUUCCUCCAAGUCCCAAGGCCUCUGGGUACAUCCGCGACCACUCUUUCAACGAGAAAGACGUCGAGGCCGUCAAUGGCGAGCCUAUUGCCACGGACCCGACUGUGGACGCUGAACCACGCCCGACGGAACCACAACAGCGCAAACCUCGGCCCUCGUUCCCGUUCAAGCCCGUCAGCCCGCUCACGAGGGAAGAGGAGAUGCGCAGAUACCCUUGGUACAUUCCCCCACGGAGCAGCGAGCUCGACAUCAAGAUGGAUUGGCCCCCAGACCCGAACGCCUCGGCUGGCGAAGGGUCAGGCACGAGCGGGACCAAUGGCCAGGACCGGGAUGGCGCCGGAGGACAGGAGGAGGACGACAGCGGGAUCGUGCCGAAGAAGACGACGGGCGAGCAGAGCCCGUGGCGGGACGUGAACACGAGCAUUCCGAUCAUCGAAAGCGCGAGCGGAGCAAUUGGCCACGUGAAGCGGGCGGCGCUGAGGGCGAAGGCGCGUCCUGCCCGCGAAGAGAAGAUGCGGGAGGAGAGGGAGAAGAACCGUGCGGCCGAUGAGCCGAUUGCGAGGCUGAAGGAUCCCAACUUUAUGCCUUACGGCGGCAUCGCUUCUUAG